AUGAAAGAAGACAACAAUAAAAAAGUCAAUUUACUUAAACGCAACAAUCUGAAGAGAGUCACAGAAAGUCCUAUAAGCAAGAAAAGAGACAACGAUUACGAAACCACUUUCAGUUACCAAAUUGAAAGAAUAAAAAGAGUUUUAAAGUUUGACCCAAUUCCUUAUACGUUAGAUGAGAUUUUCAAUUCUGAGAAGGAGAGUCAUUUUCGUAAAGCUGAUGGCAAAAUAAAGAGGCCUCCCAACUGUUUUAUCGUCUUUCGUCAAAUUGCGACUACUUUGAUUAAAGAUACUCCAAUGUCCGAUGAUGAUAGAAAAUUUUUUGAUAAUUUGGACCAGCCACUACUCUCAAAGAUUCUUGGGGCUCUGUGGAAAUCUUUUUCUUUAGCUGAGAAGUCUCCUUAUCAAGCAUUAUAUAGUGAAGUGGUUGAAUUACAUAAAUCAUUGUAUCCGGAUUGGAAAUACGCACCGAAAAGGAGUAAAGCAAUUUUCAAAGUUGUUAAAUGUGAUUCGCAUGCUCAAGAACCACCACAAAAUCAAGAACCACAAAAUCAAGAACCACAAUAUGAAGAACUACAAUAUCAAGAACUGCAAUAUCAAGAACCGCAAUAUUAUGAAGACUGCUCGAUCGAAAAUCAAUCAUCAAUUUCUAAAGACAUAGUCGCACAAGAUGAGCUCAUGCAAACUGAAUUCAUGCAAGAUGAACGCAUGCAAUUUGAAUUCACACAAGCUGGGAUCAACCAAACUACCAUUGAACCAAACCUUGAUUUUUUUCUCGUGGAUGAACAACAAGCUAUUUAUCCCACAUACGAACAAUUUACUUAUGAACAAUCCUUUUUUCAAUAG